AUGUAUUUUUAUAUAUUUUUUAUUUUCAUUCAUUCUCAUUGUUUUGAAUUGUUCAUUGAAAAAGAUAAAUAAUAUUUGAUAGCAGAUGAUGAUAAAAUUGAUACUCGAUUUAAACAAGAGUCUUUAGAACAAACCUAAUGUCAUCCUGCAAAAUUGUAUUUAGAAAAUCAAAAUUAAAAACAUACUAAAUUUGUAUUCCACAACAAUCAAUAAAAGCAGAUAACUAUUAAAAUGCAUCCUUUAAUCUUUGAUGCAGAUGUCCUUAACAUUUUGUAAAAUUCAAAAAGAGAACCAUAUUAGAUAUAAUCAAAUUAGCAAGAAUAAUUUAUAAUCACAUAUGAAUGCAUAGCAUAAAAUGAUUAAAUUUCAUGGAGUUUAAUAAUAUUAGAUUUUACAGUAUUCUUAAAUCAGAAUAAUUCUCAAUCUUACUCAAUUUAUUUCUAUAAAUAAUGCCAACCAACUGAAUAAUAUUUGCAUCCAUUAAUAAUGUUAUUAAUUUUAGCAGUAACUUUACUAAUAAUAGGAACAAAUUAUGGAUUAUAAGAAAUGAAAUUGAUUGAAUCAAUAAAGACUGAAGAAUUUAAUACAAAAACAUCAGUGUUAUUUAUAUUAUCUGCAAGUGUUUUGUUACUUUGUCUAUAUAAAUUUCCAUCAAUUGGAUAAAUGUAAAAUAGUAUUUAAGCUUUAGAGUCUUGAGUAUAGUGAUGUUCUUUAUGGCAAUUUUGAGUAUUUAAAUAAUAUUAUAAGAUUAAUUGCAAAAGAUAUUUAGAAAAUAAAAUUUAUAAAGGUUUAUUUCAUAUUUCAUUAGCUUCCUUAUUGUAUUUUCAUACUUUUAUACUAAACAUUGGAUAAUCAACAAUUUAAUAGCAUUUCUAAUUACACUUUUGAUGUUUAAAGUAAAGAUAGUAAUUAAUUAAGAUAAUCGAAAUUGAUAGUUUUAAGACAUCGACAUUAUUAUUGAGUUUAGCCUUCUUUUAUGAUAUAUUUUGGGUUUUUAUAAGUCCUGUUUUUUUUGGAACAUCUGUUAUGGCAUAAGUAGCCACAUCUAUAGACUUGCCAAUGAAAUUUAUCAUACCUCCAUUGAUGAUAUCAUAUUAUUCUCCUUUAAUGAAAUGUUCUAUACUUGGUUUAGGUGAUAUUCUAUUGCCAGGUAUAGUGAUCAAGUACAUUCUUAAAUUUGAAAACUUGGUAAACAAAGGGUAUUGUAUGUAUAUUACCUCUAUAAUUGGAUAUUGUUUUGGUUUAUUAGUUUGUAUGUUUUCGUUAGUGAUAUAUUAAUAAGCAUAACCAGCUUUAUUAUAUUUAGUUCCUAUAAUAUUGAUACCUGUGUUUAUAAUUAGUGUGAUAAGAAAUUAGUUUUAUUCUUUGUGGAAAGGAUAGAUAUUUAAAUAGGAGAAAUCAGCUGGAAUUUACGAGUUGUAAUAGAGUGAAUAAGUUUGA